GGUGCUUUACGUUGUAUAGGACGAUGUGGCUCAACUCUGAUGUGUAAAUGUAUGGACGUGGUCAAUGACGUGCAGGCCGUAUCAGAACCUGACAUCUUCACUCUGGUCUAUACAUUCAAGCGUGCAACUAGAGAUGUCCUAUUAACCUCUACGGAAAGUGAAGAGAUCAUCAUGUUGCUGAGAUGCAGCGUCAUCCUGCUGAACUUCUACUUCCUACAAAAGAAUCCGCAAAAGACAGUCAUCUGUUACAAGCUGCGAAGUGAAGCUGUCUUCGUCGCUGACCUCAUCCAGAAAGCUGCUCCUGCUUCAAAGACAAUCUUUAUGUACAGAGACCUUCCCGGCUUCUAUGACUCUUACCUUAAUCUAGAAUUCAGUGGCAGCUAUUGGCGCUACCUUUUUGAGACCGCACUGCGAUUCGAUCUGUUCUUCCGAGUCCCAACAACGAAGAUUGAAUAUCAAAGUGUCAGAUGUGCUAUUGAGCAUUCAAGCAUGAUCACAUGUCCGGUUACACACGGUAUUCCUUUCUUUUACGUUGCGCUUUGGAUUUUACAGAUGCAAAAAGCAUUUGAUCUCAUUCAAGAAGAUUCCACAAAUUUCUUCCAUUCGUGCCUCACGUUUAACCAACUCUUGGAACACAAAGAACGAAUCGUCCUCAAGGUUCUAGAGAAACUUGAUGUGGAUGUUCCAUCUGAUUUUGACGGUUCCAAGAUCAGAGAGAUUUUUGGUGUUGAUAGUCAGAAAGGUAGCGCCAUGCAGAGUGAGAGAAGGAAGGGGAACAAGAUAAGAAGUUCCUGGGUGGGUUCCUGGGAGAGGAAUCUCUUCUCAACUGUUCUGGGACAUUUUAACGGAGAUGUCGAUGAGCCAGAUUUUAUCAUGCCAAAUACUGUGACUAUGACUAUCGAUUAACAGCCUCCAAAAACAUUUUAGUACACUAUUCCGUAAACCAAUAUCGUCCAUUAUAUUGGAAUAUUUUUGUUGAAUCAAUCUUACCUCAAUCUGAACAUUAUCCUAAGCUCUGACGUACUCAUGUUCCCAUCUUACACGUGGUGAGCUAGUUGGUGAUUCUAAUAUGGAUAAAGUUAAUGCAUAGCCCUAAUUUUGAGUUUGGCUCAAAUACACUGAUCCAGCUAUCUAUACUAGUCGUUAACGUGUAAAUUAUAGGAUGUGAACAUUGUUAGUUACUAGAGGAAGUGUGAGGCAAACGGGCACAAACCUCUUUGCAGAAAGAUUGGUGGCAUCAGCUCAGAUAUAACAGAUUUCAGAUAAGAUGCUUGUAUAGAAUAUCUAUUGUCUCAUCCAACGUGAUACAACUGAAUUUGGUAAUGACACACCUAUUGCUGUCCUGAUAUAUUUUGUGCAACCUAUAAAUGAAACAAGCCAUUUGAGUGAGAUACUUCCCCGUUUGUUUGCAGAUAUCAACUUUCUUUGAACUAACGUGUAAUUCUGACAUUUUGGCUCCUGUGAUAGCAUUUGGGCUUUUCCUAUGAUCAUUUCUGUUCAGCCCUUGCGCCCCCAUCAAACGUAAACUAUAGGUAACUAGAAUUCGACGACCUCAUACAGCCAUGAAAUAUCUAAAGCU